CCGCCUGCCUCGGAGCGCGCGCCCGAGCCCGUCCCCGCCGCUGGGAGCGGCUCCGGGCGGCUGCGCCCGGCUCGAGCAGGAGCGAGAGGACGCGUCCUGGAUCCCGGCGCUAGUGAGAGGGCAGCGGGGCGAGAGCGGUUCGGGUCGUGGGUUUCGGGCCACCAGAGCCGCCAGUCCCUGCGCACCCGGCUGGAAAGUUCUGCGGGCUCCAUCGGGAGAGGCGUGAGGGCAGGGAAGUACAUGUGCUGCCGACGUGAGCACUGUCUCUGCUCUCAGCUACUUCUCCAGCACCAUCCCUGGCUUCCUGCUGCCACGCUCAUCACCAUGGAAAUAGUAAAAUCUUUGUGCACUUCGUCUGAAUCAGGAGCCCAGAUGAGCUUAAAGAAACUGGGGCCGAACCCUUAGCUUUUCAGCUCCACAGCCACUAAACGCCAUUCUAUGCCAGCUCCCGUGUCUCCCGGCCUGUGGAGCGCACCGUUCUGGGAUGGAAAAGCGAAGGACUCAGUCAUUGGCCUCGGGGUCAUCUAAGGAGCACUGACAGGGAAGCAGGUAGUGCAGCCAUGGAGAAGAAUUCAAGCUUCUGGAAAAGCCUGGUGACUGACCACCCACUCUGCACCACCUGGAAGCAAGAGGCCGAAGGGGCCAUUUACCACCUCGCCAGUAUCUUGUUUGUAGUAGGUUUUAUGGGUGGCAGUGGAUUCUUUGGGCUCCUUUACGUCUUCAGCUUGCUGGGGCUGGGUUUCCUCUGUUCUGCGGUCUGGGCGUGGGUGGACGUCUGCGCUGCUGACAUAUUUUCCUGGAAUUUUGUGCUGUUUGUCAUCUGCUUCAUGCAGUUCGUUCACAUCGCGUAUCAAGUUCACAGCAUAACCUUCGCCCGAGAAUUCCACGUGUUGUACAGCUCUCUCUUCAAGCCCCUUGGGAUCCCUUUGCCGGUUUUCAGAACAAUUGCUCUGAGCUCUGAAGUGGUUACUUUGGAAAAGGAGCACUGUUACGCCAUGCAGGGGAAAACCUCCAUCGAUAGACUCUCUGUGCUCGUCUCAGGAAGGAUCCGAGUGACAGUUGAUGGCGAAUUUCUGCAUUAUAUCUCCCCCUUUCAGUUCCUGGAUUCUCCUGAGUGGGAUUCACUAAGACCCACAGAGGAAGGCAUUUUUCAGGUAACCCUCACAGCGGACACUGAUUGCCGAUACGUGUCUUGGAGGAGAAAAAAACUGUACCUGCUCUUUGCUCAGCAUCGUUACAUCUCCCGCCUGUUUUCGGUUUUAAUUGGCAGCGACAUUGCAGAUAAACUCUAUGCCUUGAAUGACAGGGUAUACAUAGGGAAGAAACACCACUAUGAUAUUCGGUUACCCAAUUACUACCAGAUGUCAACUCCAGACCUGUCCAGAUCACCCCUAACCAAACAGUUCCGGAAUUCCAGACAACAUUGUAACAAAUGACAUCAAAACCUCAAGUUGUGUGACUGCUGCAAAAAAAUUGAUUUCAUCAUUCCCCAGACAAUUCAGAGUCAAGAUGCCCUUGCUAGCUGUUUACUAAUUCAUUUUAACUUCUGCAUUGCAAAUAAAAUUUAAAAACUUUCAUGUA